AUGGACAAAGCUUAUUCCCUUUGGCUUGCAGCCUUGGUGGUACUGUUGCAUUUUGCCCCAACUUCGGUUUGUGUCCAAGUUGUUUCCGCAGGCAAUACUCGUGAUCUGGAUGCUCUUCUUGCCUUGAAGGCAACCGUAUUCGAUCCCGAGAGGAUCCUCCCGACCAACUGGUCCAGUUCUGCCUCUGUGUGCAGCUGGAUCGGAAUCACUUGUAAUACUCGCCAUCAGAGAGUAGCAGCCAUAGACCUGCCGAACAUGGGCCUAAUCGGCACCAUACCUCCCCAACUUGGAAAUCUUUCUUUCUUGGUCCGGCUGAAUUUGCCAAAUAAUAGCUUGCACGGAAGACCUCCACCGGAUCUGUCUAAUUUGCGCCGAUUGAGAUACAUUAGCUUGGCAGGCAACAGCUUUAGCGGAAGGCUUCCCUCAUGGUUGGGAGCUUUAUCUGAACUUCAGUACUUAUCUCUGGGAUAUAACAAGUUUUAUGGUUCAUUGUCAGGUGUGCUUUUCAACGCAACAAAGUUGCAGACUAUCCUGUUGCCGAACAACUCAAUAACGGGACAUAUUCCUGACGAGUUCAGCUCUCUUGAGAACUUGAUCGGGCUGAACUUGGAUUUUAACCAGCUUACAGGCUCUCUGCCCAAGUCUUUGUUUAACCUCUCGUCACUGCAGAAACUUGGUGUUUCGAGCAAUAGCUUAUCUGGUUCCCUUCCGAGGGAUAUCUGCAAGAAACAUGUCUCUCAACUCCAAGGGCUUUAUUUAUCAUACAAUCAACUUCAAGGCGAAAUUCCUUCUGGUAUUGGAGGAUGUUCAAGGCUUCAAAACUUGUCCUUAUCCUACAACAAAUUCAAUGGAUCCUUACCCAAAGAAUUUUGGAAUCUAACUGCGCUUGAGAGGAUCCGUCUUGGUAACACCUAUCUUGAAGGUCCAAUUGCAGACGAUAUUCAUAAUCUUCAAAAUUUGAGGAUUCUUCACUUAGCCAAUACUGACAUGACUGAGUAUGAAAUAGAGGCUUAG